AUGGAGCCAAUAGACAAAAGAAAUGAGGGGAAAUCUAUGGAAUCCUCAGAAGCAAAAACUGCUAUAAACAAUAUACCAGACUCUCUUUCCUUACUACAGCCUUCAGAACGAACAACUGCAGCACCUGCUAGUGUUACCACUGUUACAACCGCUGCCGAAAUCACAACACCGUCUUCCUUCAGUAAAGUUCGAAGUGUUCCUAUUCCACAGCCUUUGAUACUGAAACGCCGCACCAGUAGAUCAUCCAUUUCUUCCAGCGAUGACUUUUAUGAUCAGCAAUCACAGUCUAUAUCAAAGUUCUCCACGCCUAUUCAAUGCUCUUUUACAGAUUAUACUAACUCCAGUUCACCCACAAGUUCCGUUUCUGGAGGAGAUUUUUCACGCAGAAAAUCCAUAGUAGCAGAUAUGGACCCUAAUAGUGGAGAGCAACACAAUAUACCCCAAAGCAUCUCUUCUCAGGGAUUAAGAUCACCACCCCCUACUACAUCGACGUCUUCGUCGUCAUUUUCACCAAGAUAUUCAAGCCCUCCAGCAGGAAGUGGAGGGAAGUAUAUGAUCAGAUCUAAACGCGCCAGUUGGAUUGAUGGCUCUUCUUCUAUCACGGCUCAGGACUCAAAUACAACACCGGCUGCUCAGGUUGAACACCAUAAAGUUGCAAGUAAGGCUAUACAGGCCCCGCCCCCAGCAAUAGCCAAAGCUGUACAGCUACAGACAGUUUCAACAGACGAUGUUUCUUUAAAAUCAGGUUCUCUAUCCAAACUGAGAGAGGAUAGACAAUAUCAAUAUCACAAUAUCAAACGCGAGAAUUCUUUAGAUAGUGCAGCGCCUUUAUUAGCAUCAUCGCCAGCAACAGAUAACAGCUCACGUUCCUUCUUUAUGAAUAAAAGCAGGCAUCAAUCUGAGGAUAGCACAGACAUGGAGGAUUCAUCCCUUGAAACGUUGAAGAAAUUACCGUCAAUAAGUGAUCGGAAAGGAUCCAUAUCUUCUAUUAUUACUGACACGAGUUUAUUGAGCGAGGACCUUCAUUCAUCUACUUCAUCCCCUCACCGCCAAAGGUCCAAUAGCAGUACAGCUCCACGCUCAGCAUCUGCUUCACCCUUAGUCCUUCAUACCCCCAUUUCCAGUUCAACACCACAUACACCUAUCGGACACACUCAAAGAACUCGGCGUCGGUCCUCAAUGAGCAUAUUACGUAAUAUACCAAGUUCUGAACUUGCUGAUAUUAUCAGUGGAAAUUCACCUAACCCUAUUUUGGAGGCUCCCACGGCUAGUCUCCUAAAAACUAGUCAGUGUUCAUCUUCGUCUUUAAGCCGUUCAGAAGCGAGCCCAGCUGAUAAUCAUUCGAAAAUCGCAGAGAACUCACCAACUGCACAUUCAGCAGAUAAUGCGUCAGUUUACCAGCAUUCUUUACAAUCACUGUUGAAAAAACAAUUGUCCGAUAAACGUAAACCCAUCAAAGAUCGUAGAUCUAUACCUAAUCAAGGCAAUAAAACACCAGAAGCGGAUAAAGACGUGAUUGAAAUGGACUUGGAUGCUCAUUCAUCUUUAUCAAUCGAUUUACCACGAACGGCAGAGUCUGAUUAUCCAUUCCCUAUGGGCGAUAAUAUAAGAAGCCCAGUAUACCCUGCCAUGCUACUUAAUGAAUCUCGACUAAAAGCCGAUGAGCAAAGUAACAUACGACAUUCCGAACGUCGUUCAUCCAAUUUACAUUCUUUCUUCUCACCUGGCUCGUCAAGCCAAACGUCAGCACCGGAGACAGCUAAUUGGAACCAUCAUGACAAUCAAUUGAGCGACUAUUUUUACAACACUCCACUUACACAUUCAUUAACUUCCAAUUCCACAGUUAGAAAUAGUAGUCCAUCGAACCUACCGCAGAGAAACAGAAUAUAUAACUCUUCGUCAUUUUAUGGCUCUAUUGGCACUGAUGAAGACUAUGCUAAAAAACUAGUAAUGUCCCGCUCAGCUAAGGUUAAAAGAUGGUGUACGUUGAAGACUGUCAAUCCAGAUGAUAAACUACAGUCUCAAAGCCGGCGUCGACGCGCCAAUAGCGCAGCUAGUAUGAAUAGUCAUACAAGUCAAGGGCAGUCCCUUCCGAAAGUCAAUAUUAAACAAAACCGUCAAGGAAAUCUUCAUAAGCCCACCAUUUUCGUAACAACUGCAGAUGAUAAUUUCGGACAAUUGGAACUGUUAAAUAAUAUCCCAUGGGUUGAUUGGCUUGAAGAAUAUCGAUUAAUUAAAGCAAGAGAGAUACGACGUCGAUCUUCCACACAACAUGAUGCGGUGAAUAGUCCAGGAUUACCCCCGAGCAAUACACCGUGGAAUAAGUUGAAAAAUCCUUUGCCCUCACCUUCAGUUUCUUCUAUAUCAUCCAGCACGACUGUGACUACAUACAACUCUGUUGUAAAUAAAGUCUUAUCUAAAUGGUGGAGCAAUGUAAAAACUGGCGUAGAGCAAUAUUCAAAUUCAAAUCAGCAAGCACAGUCUAAAUCUGCAGGGAAGUUUAACAGCGGAAGUGCUGAUAAAAGUAGACGAUUACCUUCAAAGCAAGUGACACCAACAACAUCCACAUCCACGCCAUUAUCCACCUCACAGGGGAAAAAUCAAACUGAUAAGCAAACACAAACACAAACACAAACACAAAUACAACCUCAAAUGAACAAAGGAAAAGGAAAAGCUACCUUGGCUUUGAGUCUCGACUUACAAGACUUGCAACAUCCUUUAGAGGGUAAGCCUUAUCCAGGAUCCGCAAGUACAUCAUCCAUUACUGGAAAUCCAUAUUGUAAUACCGAGCGACGAUGGUCAACGACUCACAUUGAUACAGAAAGCAUGUCACCCAUGUCUCUUCAUAAUGAUAGUAGUCCAUUAUCGUCAGUGCCUGAUAGUCCUUCUGGCUCAACUCAUAAAAUCAGUAUACCCAAGAACCCGAUAACUCAAAAAAGGCUGGCCAGACGUGUUGGUUACCGCUUUCAUAAACCUGGUAGCCAUAUGGGUGCCUUUGGUCGUCUAACGCAUAUAGUAGGUAACAGCUACGAUACCAAUGAUGAUACUACUAGCGCACGUAUACAACAUUCCAUAAAAACACGUUUACAGUUUGCGAAAGAAGCUUGCAAUUCAGAAUUGCGCCAUAUUAUCGAUGGAUUAAAUGAAUAUGUCGAAAGAGGUUUACAAUAUGUGGAAAAUAUGGAUGAAAUUCUGGAAGAGGGUGUGUGCUCGGUUGGAAGUGAAGAAAUGGAGGAUGACGAAGGCCCUGUUCAACAGCAGCCAGUGGAAGAUAAACCGAGGAUUAACAGUUCUCCUGAGAAUACAUACAGCAAAGAUAAUAUCUCAUUGCUCCAAUCAGAAGUGUACAAACAGCAACUACCCAGUGUUGUAGAAUUAGAUGAGAACUCAUUAUCUCUUUCAUCGGAGCAACAACCGGAUAAAUUGUUGCCAAAGGCGUCAAACACUAAUAGUCUACCACAUAAGCGUACUCUGUCCACUGCAAUGGCAGAAUUCCAUGACACCUCCUCAAGUCCUCCCAAAUCGUCUAUCAGUUCACCAAACGCUUUACCGUCAACAGAAUUAUCUAAACCUAUAGUGAGUGCAGCAAUUGCUGCAGAUAAGGAUAAAAAUGCGCAACAACGUUCAUCAAGCACAAAUACCAUAGUGGCCUUCAUUUCCGAGGAUUCUUACUUACCAACACCAUUUAUUCUGACGCUUCAGGAUCUGAUAACAAUCGCACAGAAUGUAAUGGAUACUUCGCUGGACGACAUCAUCGAUACUGAUGGAGCUUGCGCUGAUGCUGUUGCCAAAAUACAAACAUUAGGCUCUCAAUGGGAUAUCCACCCAGAAUGGCCUUGCCGCGAAUGGUAUGUACGAUUACUGCUAAGUAUAGCAGCUCUUAAUCGUGUGAUAGAGUGGUGGGCUGCGGAGAGGGGCUUCUGGGUGUCUGCACCUGUUACCACAAACUCUUCUAUACCUCCAAGUGACACAGAAGGAGACGAAAUGGAAACAGCUAGUAAUUUAUCACGGAUGGAAGAAACGGAUGAUGACUACAGUAAUAUGUCCUUGGAUGGAUCCGAACAUCAUCCCUCUAAAACUACUGUGAGUCAUGAAAGUGCUGAUAGUAUAAGCGCAACUGCAGCAGCUUCAUCUAUUAAGCAAAGUUCGCUGGAUGUCACUUUAGAUGAGCAGUUAGGUAGCCUUCAGUUGCAAGAAGAAGCAGAGCGUAGUCAAAGUUCGACUAUCAUUGUUGAGUUAAGCUUAAGCACAGUGGCCAUACAAUAUGUAAGCCCAGUAUGGUUUGAUGUUGUUGGCUCAAAUCCUCUAUCCGUGAUCGGUCAUAGCAUCACGGAAAUACUAUCAUCCGAUGAUUCCCAAGUUUUCAAAGCUGCCACAGAAGAACUUUUAGCAGAUGACUCUCAUACUGUAGAAGUGCGGUUUAAUGUUCGCAGUAGCGAAAAGAGCCUUAUCGAAAUGGAGGGUAAAGGGAUGCUUAUGUAUAAUCGUGUUACGGGAGAACCUAGUCAUACUAUGUGGGUUUUGAAACCCACUGUACCUCGCAAAUGGUCAUAUAUUGAUAGGUCAUUUACUCCUCGUAAUGACUUCAAAUCUAUCCACUUUAACGACACAGAUGAUCAUUUCAGUAAAAAUAAGACUGGCGAUUUGGAAUUGCAGAAGAAAUCGGAUCAAGAAAACUGUAUGCUCACUGAUGAUGAUGAGUUCAGACCAAAAAUGCGUACAAGAGCCAAAUCAGAACCUGCGAUAAGGACACCUCCACUAUUACCUUCAACUGAUAUUGAGCACGAUGCCAAUUCUGAUACAGUAAUGAAUGACCAAAGCAUAGCAUCUGUAUCACUAGCUAGCUUGAUGGCCCUUCCUCCUGUAUUAUGCAGAGUUUGCGAAAGAUGGGUAGUUGCAGCAUUUUUUGAACAGCAUUCUGAGUUAUGCGUCGAGAUACAUCAAAGCGAAAUGGACGUGAAUGGUUAUAACGACAGUUUGAUUGACAUUAAACAUAUUAUUGUCGAGAAUAUAGAAACAGUUCAAGCGAAUAUUGAAAGUUUACAGGCAGGUAAUAACCCCAGUUCUGUUCAAGGUGAAAUACAAUCUGCAAUGGAAAUAGCGGAUAGCAGUGAUAAUGAUUCUAUAUUCGGUGAAUGCUUGCCUCUCGAAAAACAAGUAGACCCUUUAGAAUUGAAACAAGCAGAGAUAAUUCAGUACAACGAUUUGCUUGAGAUAAUUGAUGUUGCACUAAGCAUUUCUAUGCCUGGAAGUGUUGAUGACAAGAGCGAGAGAAGCGAAGAACAAGAAUCUCUGAGCCAUAACGAAGAUGACAGAAGCCCCCAAUCACCUCAUUCCAAAGAUAAAAUGAUACAAAUUCUUUACUGGAGGCCACCUACUUCCACUGACCCACAAAUGUUGACUUUGAUUAAAGAAGUUGAAAAGCUAACUAAAGGAAAAGUUGAAGCUGUUAAUAGAAUGCGAGAUAGGCUUGAAUACAAUAGUCGUGCAAGAGCUGAUUUCCAAAAGUUGAUCCAAAAAGAUGAAAACUGGAUAGAGUUCGUGACAGACCCUAAUGACCAUAAGAAAUUAGAUGAUGAGAGGAAUGUUGUGAAACCUGUAGAGCAAAAAGACGAAACAGUUGUUUGGGAGAAAAACUCAAAUUUAAAUUACUCUAAGAAUUUCCUUAACCGUUUAAGAAGCUGGAGACAAAGACACUCCACGUCUAUCGUAGAGAGGCUAUCUCGCAGGCUAAAAUCAGUAACCCCUGAUACUUCGAAUACACCGAUUGUUGAAAUGGAAACAAUAGAAACGCCAAUCAGCUCGCCAAAUUUACAUCCCAGACCAGGCAUUAGCAUAAAGCAAGACUGUCAUUUAACUACCUCUCAAAGCUCACAAAAUGGUUCGAAGGAUACUGAUAAUAAGUCUUCACCGUCGCAACUACAUGCAACCAGUGCAUCCCGCUCAACUUACCCUAGUAUUAGAGAUUUCGACAUUAUUAAACCAAUCAGCAAAGGCGCAUUUGGUUCUGUAUUCUUAGCGAAGAAACGAACCACAGGAGAUUAUUACGCUAUUAAAUUUCUAAAAAAAUCUGAUAUGAUUGCUAAGAAUCAAGUGACUAAUGUUAAGGCUGAAAGGAUGAUCUUAAUGUCGCAAACAGACAGUCCAUUUGUUACAAAGCUGUAUUACACUUUUCAGUCAAAGGACUAUCUCUACCUAGUAUUAGAAUAUCUCAAUGGAGGCGACUGUUCAUCACUCAUCAAGGUUUUGGGCAGUUUAUCUGAAGACUGGACAAGAAAUUAUCUUGCGGAAGUAACAUUAGGUUUGGAGUAUUUACAGAGUAAAAAUAUCAUUCAUCGCGAUCUUAAGCCUGAUAACUUACUGAUUGACCAAAAUGGGCACUUAAAAUUGACUGAUUUUGGCUUAUCAAGAAUUGGGUUUCUCGAUCGUCGUGUUCGAGAUGAACUCAAUACAAUUACAUAUCAUGACCGUGCACAGCCUGUUUCACCUGCUCCUUCUCGAUCAGGCACGCCACCUCAAUCGCCAGAUGAGCAACCCCUUACUCCUAAUGGGGGAGCGUACAGACACUCCUACUUCAGCCUACUAUUUGAUCAAGACCAGAGAGAACCUUCUGAAUCCGCAUCUUCCGUGAUCAACGAAGAGUCUGCAGCCAUUAAUCUAGCAUCACCAGAUUUGCGCAGUACUGAGUAUAAUCAUUACCGCCAUAUUUCUUCUACACUAUCUGAGUCCUUGUCUUCAGGCAUUUCCUUAGCUAACAAAUCCAGGAAUGAUAAGGAUAAUAAGAAUGACUCCUCUUUACGUCAAGCUGUUGGAACUCCGGAUUACUUGGCCCCAGAAAGUAUUUUGGGAACUGGUCAAGAUUCGAUGGUUGAUUGGUGGGCACUUGGUGUUAUAUGUUACGAGUUCUUAUAUGGUAUACCUCCUUUUCACGCCGAAACGCCCGAUAAAGUUUUUGAGAAUAUAUUGUCUAGAAGAAUUGACUGGCAUGAAAAUGAAGUGACUAUCUCACCAGAGGCCCGAGAUUUUAUGGAGAAGUUGAUGACUUUAGACCCAGAAAAGCGACUGGGAUACAACGGGGCUGAGGAAGUAAAACAACAUCCAUUCUUCAAGAGCAUCAAUUGGAAAACUUUAUUGACAGAGUCACCUUCAUUUGUUCCUCAACCUGUCGAUAUGGAAGAUACAGAUUACUUCGAUACGCGAGGUGCAACUAUGCAGAAUACUUCCGAUGAAAUCAAUUCGUGCCAUAAUCUUGAUCAGUCAGCAAGGGAUCAGGUAGAACGAGCAAAAGCUAUUAUCCAAGAGCAAAAUCCUGAAAAUUUUUCGAAAACUGCAACUGAGAAAGGAAAGCAUACAAAAAAAGAUAAAGUGAAAACAACUUUAAGAAGGGAAAGCCAGACUGAUGAGUCAGAUAGUACAGAUUUUGGUACCUUCACGUAUAAGAAUUUGCCUGUUCUUGAAAAAGCGAAUGAGGAUAUGAUUAGGAAAAUCAGACACGAUAGCAUAUCUGCUAAUUCAUCUAACGAAGGACAGCAAACAGGGAAGUUGCUUCAGCGCAAAUUUCCAAACAUGGCUGUGAAGCCCAAGAGCAGCUUAGUAAAUGAGACUUCGUCUGGCCAAUGUACGCCGUUCACUGGUACUUUUAGUCCCUCCAUCUCUUCAUCCACAUGCGAAACGCCCGUUUCAAUGUCACCUUCAGUUUCAUCGAAAAUAAAUACAACACCAUAUACAGGACGAAAAGCAGACUCUUCUACCCCAAAUAUACCCAGCAAGAUGUCUACUAUGUCAUCAUCUUCUUCCCUAAAAGAAGGCAGUCCUCAGCGGAACCGUUCAUUAUCUACACCAUCAAUUGACCCUGCUAAAGCAGCAGCUGCAGUUGCGGCAGUUGCUGAUCAAAAGCUAGCUUCAACCGCAACAAUGUCGCAAACUGCUCAAGGCACUCAGCAUAUUACAUAUCCUACAGCUUACAAUCCUUGUCAAGACGAUAGUCUUAUUGCAUCAGACUCCUAUCAAAAACCUUUGAUUGCUUCACCUUUAUUUAGGCCAGAAAGGAAAACAAUAUCAACCGUACAUAUGGAUCCUAUGAGCUCAACAAGAGCGGAGAAAUUAAUUCCGUAUGCUUGCCUUGUAGCUGAUGACAAUCCUAUUAGCUGUAAAAUCUUAGAGACAAUUCUGCAAAUGCUAUAUUGCCGCUGUGUUAUUGUUCGAAACGGGGCUCAGGCUAUACGCUCAGCAAUGAGUGAUGUUCGAUAUGAUAUUAUUUUCAUGGAUAUUAGAAUGCCUAUCAUUGAUGGAGAAACAGCAGCUCGAAUGAUCAAAUCAACAAACAAUAUUAACCGAGAAACACCAAUUAUUGCAGUAACAGCUUACGAAAGAACUGUUCAACUUGCUGGUGCUUUUGAUGAUAUAGUUGGGAAACCGGUGACAAAAGAUGUGAUCCUACGAAGAUUACAUAAAUUCUGUAAGGCUAAAUGUGAAUUCAAGACAACGCAACAGUCGGCUGAGCCAGUUCAUAAUAGUACGACAGCAUCGAAUUAA